AAAAAAUCCACUUGUUUUGAAAUUGAAUUUGAAGAGGCCAAAACCUCUGCUCCCAAAAAAUUUGAUAGCCAUAGGUCACCAGGGUUAGCUAGAAGAAGAUCAGGAAGUACAAGUAGUAAAGCUGGUGAAGCCUCAUCUUGUGGAGUGCCCAGAUUGAGAAGAAGUAACAGUGUUCCAGAUGCCAAAUUUGAUCUUGUACCAGAAGGUGAAAAAACCUCAACUCCAGUGUCAAAUUAUGGAACUCUUCCCAAAAGAAAUCUGAAGUCUGCUUCUGGUGCUUGUAAGGCAAAAAUAUACAACAGAAGUUUGAGUGUACCCGACUCCUCCAAGCCUAAAACCUCGUUUGCAUCAGCAAAAGGUAAACCGAGAACACCUACUGCUACCAGAAAACAGUUUACAAAUACGACUGUUAAAAACAAGACAACAAGUAAAGAUUUGAAACAAGAUGGAACAAUUGAUACUACACCAAGUAAAAAUGGCUCUAGUUUACACAUGUCUCACCUUACACCAGCCACACCCCCAUCUUAUAGACAACAGCCUCAUGAUACAAUCAGAGCUAAUGUCAUUUCUAAGGGAUUAAAUAGACAAAGAUUUGUGGCUAUCAAUGUGCUUGAAGAUGCUCAAGCUAUUAGAACAGUGGCUUUUCACCCUACAGGGAAUUAUUAUGCUAUUGGAUCCAACUCUAAAAUGUUGCGAAUCUGUGCUUUCCCCGAUAUAUCAGAAGUUAGAGAAGAUCAACCAACAGAAGAAGCUGAUGUUGUGUUUAAACAAGCCAAACAUCAUAAAGGUUCUAUAUACUGUAGUGCAUGGAACCCUACUGGAGAUCUUAUAGCUACUGGUUCUAAUGAUAAAGUCAUUAAACUCACUAAAUUUAAUACUGGUUUAAUGAGAGCUGAAGGAAAAGAUAUGGAGUUGGCUUUUCAUGAUGGUACAAUAAGAGAUCUUGUAUUUAUGCAGGAUGCUACCAAUAAAACAUCUAUAUUAAUCAGUGGUGGAGCUGGUGAUUGUAAAAACUAUGUUACAGAUUGUGAAACUGGUACACCUAUUAGAGCAAUGGCUGGUCAUACAGGACAUAUCUAUUCUUUACAUACAUGGGGCGGUUGUAUGUUUGUUAGUGGAUCACAAGAUAAAACAGCUAGAUUUUGGGAUUUAAGAGCGUCUACUGCUAUUACAGUAGUUCCUAGCCCCUGUGGGAGUGCUUUUGCAUCUGUUUGUGUAGACCCAUCAGGACGAUUAUUGGCAUCGGGACAUGAAGAUGGUGUGGUCAUGUUGUAUGAUAUUAGAGGAGGAAGGGUUAUACAGAAUUUUAAACCACAUAGUGGAGAAUGUCGAUCUGCACGAUUCUCUAUGAAUGCUUACUACUUAUUAUCAAGUUCUUAUGAUCAAAGGGUCGUUCUUACAGAUUUACAUGGAGAUUUAUUACGACCGUUACCAAGUGUUGUUAUUGGUGAACACAAGGAUAAAGUCAUCCAGUGUCGCUGGCAUCCAUCACAACUUGCGUUUAUUACAUGUAGUGCGGACAGAACAGUCAACUGUUGGGCCUUGCCUGUAGUCUAGACAAAGUUUCAUAUGUGCAGCAUGCAAGAUGUUUGUGCUAACAGAAAUUAGAGAUUUUCAUUUCUACAGUAAAUGUCAAAAACUGUGGCUUUGUCACAAGUUGAUCUAUAAAUUAUAUGAAUGAUUUAGUUGAUUGGAAUGUCUGCCCUACAUGUUUUAAUUGGUAUUCUGGAACCAGCACUAACUAUCUAAAUCCUAUUACUGUAACAGAUCAAUAAAUAUUAUGAUAUUAAAUUUUGCUUUCGAGUUUCGGUUUGAUUGACAAUUAACAGAGGAAAAUUGAUGAGUUUCUUGGUCGGAAACAUCUCUUCCAUAGUAAACCGUGCAUUAGAUAACGACUUUGAAUAAAAUGAAAGUUCUGUAUAAAGGAUAUCUUGAUGAGUGUUGUUAUUUGUUAACUUAUUAAGUCUGAUAAUUGAAGUAUUGUCUAUAGAUAUGUGUAUUACUAUAUAAAAUAUCUGAAGUUGAAAUUAUUUCAUCUAAAAUUAUUACCUCAGAUCUGUUCUUUAUUCUCAUCUUUAUGUAUUAUUUUAUCAUUCUCUACAUAAUUAUGGAAUCGUGAAAACAUUUGAUACUGUUUUGAUGACAAUGUACCAAAUUCCUUUCAUUUAUUUUCAUCCUCAAGUCAAAUAUAGUUAUAUUUAUUGUAUGUCAUGUUGUACCAAGAGUUGUUCGUAGUGUUGUGUUAGUGAAAUUUAAAUUAUUUUAGCCUGUGUGUAUGUCUGUAUAAUGGAUGUUGUAUAACGUAUUCACCUCUUUUAGCUUCGUACCACUGAUUGUAUAGCAAAGAGAGAUAUUAUAAAAUACCUUUAAUAAUAUGUGAACAUAACAGGAUUGUUAUUAUUAUGUAUGGGCCAUAUGCUUAACUCAGCCUUUACUUAAAAUAUUGUCCAGUUAAGGAUCAGAUUGAAAAAAUAUUUUAAUAUUUGAAAAUAACACAAUUUAUAAAAUAAAAAUCUAAAACUUAACCUAAUGUAUGGGUUAAGCAUCUGGCCCGAUGUGUUUUAUUAAAGUUACUGUCAGGCAUAUGAUGUAGUUAGUGAUUUUAUGUGGACUUUGCUUUUGUGAUAUCAGUGUAUUUGUAUAUAUAGCUUUGGACAAUAUUCCAGUAAUAAAAGGCAGUGGAAAGACAAAGUCAUAGUUCAUAUCCUAAAUUUGGAUAUAUUUAUAGCAAAGUUGAAGAGGAAUCAUUUUAGUUACCUAAGAAUUUGUCAGUUUUAUUGUCAAAGAUUGUAUUGAAUAUAAAUAAUAACCCACUAUAAUAUAGCUGAUUUUUUGUGAGAUAUAACUAGAUAUAUACCUUGUUAAUUUAUGAGUAUAUAAGUUUACAGUAUUUAUAAACAAUGUAUUAUGUACUUGCAUAACCUCGUAUAUUGACGUAAAAUAAUGUAAAAUUAAACAUACAACAGCAACUACCAGUAUUUAGGUAUUAAAAUUCAAUUAUCAUUUGCAUUUUUUUGCAAUGAUAAACAUAAUAAGUCAUUCUCAGCUUUACAGUAUUGUUAAAUUGUAUUUCUUUUUGUAUGCUGGUGUUUUUAACAGGAAUUAUAAAUACUUGGUUGAUCAAUGUGUAAUGCAAUGAUUGACACAGUUUGGAAUUUGUAUUUCUAAUGGAUGAGAUGACAUAAUAUUUGGAAAGUUGCUUUAUUUAAUUUUAAUUGCAUGUAUUUUUAAAACCAAUUUGAAGUACUUUAUAAAAUAUGUGUACCACUACCAGUAACAGCAUGUUUGAAAAUAAAUAAUGCUUAGUUUGAAAUAUGUUUGUUUCUGACAAAACAAAGUAACACAAUUCAGAACUGUACAUACAUGUAUAACUUUUAAUAUUAAAAAGUUGAAAUGUUUUGUUUUUGAAUAACCCUAUUUGAUAUUCUGUAUUGUACAAUGUUAGCUUUGUAAAUAUAUAUCUGAACUUAAAUGGAAAGUUUAUUGGUGGAAAAAGUGCUAAUAUAAAGAAUUAUUGUGCCAAAGCAAUAUAAAGUACACUUUAAUUACUCCCAAAUUAGUUUAUUAAUUCAAAAGCACUAUACUAAUUUGUAUUACUUCCAAAAGUUCCACACAUUUAGAUCUGAUAUUUUUCUUAUCUUAAUAAAUUUUAACUUACUAUAAAUGAUCUCUCUUUUAUUUUCCAUAGUAUUUGUUUUACAUCUUUGUCUCAAAAAGUCUCACUUUUAAAUAAAUUAUCAUUUACAUCAUCAAUAAAUUUAUGUUUAAUUUUAUAAUAAAAUAUUAAUAUAAUGACUCCACUAUGUCAACUGAAUUAUUCCAGUAUAUUCAGAUAUUUUUUGUCAUAAUCAACUUUAUCUUGAGGUGCAUCGAAUAAAAAGAACAUUUUCAUAUUCAGUAAUAAUAAUUGCUAAGAUCAUGGUCCAUGUACAGUCUGUAUCAACUCAUCACUUUACUAUAAUUAUUUGAAAAAUUGAUAUUAAUUGGAUUGACCUUUUUCCUAUUUUUGCUCAGAAAGUACAGUAAAGACACUUCAUUGGCCUUUUUGUUUCAUAUUAUAUAAAGUUGCUUAUAAUGUAUAUUUCAUUUUUUAGCCAUGGAUUAUUGUAGCAGUAUUUAUGCUGGUCUAUUUCAAAUGACUUUGACCUUCUGGAUUUAAGAGUAGGUUGUAAAGCAUUCUAAAUGAAAUUAUUGAUUAUCAGAAUGUGGCAUUACUACACUAAAUCUUUACUAAAAUUGCCCUUUGGUGUGCUUCUGACUACACCUGCAUCAUAUCACAAAAUGGGUGUCACUGCAACAAGUUUAGGGGUAAUAUAUUAUACUAUCCCCCAUGUUAUACUAAGUCUACUCUUCAAUUAGUGAAUGCUGGGCCUAUGUAUCUAACUGACUAUAUUCUAUAUCCUAUUUUACUUUUAAGUAAUUUAUGUUUAAUUGUGUAUAUUUAGCUUACACAUUCUAACCUUAUUUACACAUUUAUAACUUCUUUUUUUUUAAUUAUUCAUUUUUUUUUUAUUUUUAAAGAAUAUUAAAAAAUAAUAUUGAUAUUAGAUGAUUCUUGUAUAAUUAAAUUAAUUUAGGAAUUCUAGUUGUGACUUAUUUUUUCCAUUCCGUAGCUUCAAACUGGAACUUGUGUUCCAAGCUUAGUCUACAUCUUAUUAUUAUAUUAGUUACGAUACUUUGUGAUAUUUUUUACUAUUGCUAGAAUUAUUUAUUGUAAAAAAAAAAAGAAUCUCAAAUUCUGCUGAUCAGAUUUACAGGCUUAUUCUUUUAAUUUAUAUCAGCAUGUACAAUAGAAUAGACAGUCAGGAAUUAUAAUCUACUUCUGAAUUAAUGUUAAUUCUAGUCAUUUAAGAUGUUAAUUCUAAAGAGAAGUAAUAAAAACUGUCUUCACCUUAA